AUGGCGAGCUCGCAGGCCCUCCCCGAUUUCGAUGAUCUACCUCCGGUUGAGGGCAUGCCAAAGGGCUGCGCUUGGGGUUUGUUUGACAAAGAUGGGAAGAAAGACCUCCUUGGCACCCUAAAUCUCUUGACGCCCGAAGUUGUAAGGGGUGCCGCUGCCGAGGUGAAGGAUGGAGUUUCCAUCUCACUCAACUUGCCUAUCAACUUGCUGGAGUCCGUCCCGAUGCCCGGCAGGAAAAAACCAGAACAUAACAUCAUGACCUUGCAGGAAGCUGGAUUGUCGGCUGGCCAUGGCUUCGACGAUGAAGUGUCUUUCAACACCCAGUGCUGCACGCAAUGGGACUCGCUAGUCCACUGGCAGCACCAACCAUCCGGUCUCGCCUACAACGGAUUCAAACCGACGAAGGAGCUUCUUUCGGUCAACUCCACGUCCGAAAACAUCCUGCCCACCCUCGACCAUUGGCACUCCCGUGGGGGUUUAGUCGGCCGAGGCGUUUUGAUCGAUUACAAGGAGUAUGCGGCAGCAAAGGGAAUCGACUAUGACCCUUUGAAUGGCUACAGAAUUACCGUUCAGGACAUCGAAGACGUCGCGAAGCACCAAGGGGUCGAGUUCAAGACGGGCGAUAUCCUCCUAAUCAGAACCGGGUUUGCUGACGCUCUUCUGAGCCAACACCCCGGUGAGGUCUUCUCAAAGUUGGCUGUUGGUCUAGUUGGCAUCCAUGGGUCCGAGGAUACGGCUCGAUGGUUCUGGAAUAAACACUUUGCAGCGGCCGCGACGGAUACUCCAGCUUUCGAGGCCUUCCCACCCUUAAAGGAAGAUGGAACAGUAGCGAGCCUCGAGGAUCUUGUUUUACACCCAUACCUCCUCAGCCUAUUUGGUAUGCCGAUCGGAGAGUAUUGGAAUCUCAAGGACCUGGGAGACUAUUGCAAGGAGGCUGGGAGGUACGCCUUUAUGCUGUCGUCUAGCCCACUGAAUGUGCCUGGUCUUGUUGGAUCUCCCCCAAAUGCGCUGGCUAUUUUGUGA